AUGGCUUCGGUGGCAUUUGCAAGCAAGUUGAAUACAUCCAGGUUUAGCCUGUUGACCCGGCAAACCCGGAAACAUGUCUUGAUGCCACAAACUAGACGAUUGGCUUAUAAAUGCUUCCAACGGCCUACAAUCAGCAACCCAAACAUACAACCAGGUCAUACAUUUCCAUUGUCAACCAAGCUUUAUACGACGCAGCCCAACAUGGCCGGUACUCCAGCAGAGCUGCAACAAACCCUCACACCCGCUCUCAUCGAAGACAUCCAAAAAUUCUGGUUUGAUCACCUCAGCGAUGACAAGUCAUUGGUUCUCCCCGGCCAAAGCGAGAUGAAGCGCUGGUUCUCCACCGAUCAUGAUUUCGACAAAGCCUGCGUGGCCCAAUUCCAGCCAGCCCUAGAGACAAUCCUAGCCUCUAACGCCACAGCCUCAGAUAUAUUAUCUGCAGUCGACACAAAAAACCCACUAACCUGGCUCAGCCUCCUGAUCCUUCUAGACCAAGUCCCAAGAAAUUGCUACCGAGGCCCCGCAUCCAAGCAAGUAUUCACGCGCUUCGAUCCCCUUGCCUCCGAAAUAGCUCUAAGAGCCAUUGAUCUCGGAAUUCCCUUUCAGAACCCGAUCCGGUACAGGCUAUCGUAUCGAUUCUGGUUCCAUCUGCCGCUGAUGCACUCUGAGGAUGUGCACGUGCACUACCGGGCGGUGGAAGUGCAUGAGGAGACGGCUAGAGAUUUGGAGGCGUUUUUGAAGCUGGAGAAGGACUCUCUGGGUGAGGAUGAGAAGGCUUGCUUUGAUGUUCUGUUUCAGAAGCAGGAGUCGAUGAGGGCGUGGUUGGCUAAUACGGCUGACUUUGAAAAGAGACAUUUGGUUAUUGUUGAGCAGUUUGGGAGGUAUCCGCAUCGGAAUGCGGCGAUUGGGAGAGUUUCGACGGAGGAGGAGGUGAGGUAUUUGGAGGAUGGCGGGGAGACUUUUGCAUGA